AUGGAAAUUUUGCAACUACUACGUGAUCAUAUUCGAACUGUCCAAACUUGCGACGCGUUCAAUCAAACAUUUUUCUCCACUAUAUUAAACAGCGUCGAAGAACAGUUAGUAGCUGAUCUUCGACCUCAUAACAAGGAAUUGCAUAACGAUCAGUUAACCGUGAAUUGCAUCGACCUUGAAGGCCUUGACGGUUGUGGAAAGUCGACAUUAGCAAAUGAAUUACUGCAGCAAUUAAAUGCAAGUGGACAAAAGGCACGUCUAUUAUCUACACCACCUAGUCAAUUGCUUUCAUUUCGAACCUAUUUCGACGCUCAGCCCGAAUCAAUUCGUCGUGCAUUUUACAAUCUAGGGAAUCUAAUUGUUUCCUAUGAACUAAGAAAUCAACAAGAUACAAUCACUAUUCUCGAUCGCUAUUGGCCGUCAACGAUAGCUUAUCAAUUGGCAAAGACAGAUGACAAUGAGCAGAUUAAUAUUACAUGGCCACCUUAUUUAGUUCAGCCAAGGCUGAUCAUUUACAUACAAAUCGACGAAAUCGAACGAUGUCGACGUAUCGCUCAACGAGCAGCUCGGGUUCCCGUUACAUUGGAAGAAAAACAACUCGCUGCACAAGCAUCUUUUCGUCGACGACUGGAUUUUCUCUAUCGAAAUCAUAUACCCAGUCGUAAUUUACAUGUUAUUGACGGUAAUAAAGCAACUCUAGAUAUUGCUAAUGACAUUAUUAACCUGCUUUAA